UGCGUUCCCCACUUGGGCGCUCCCUUCCGCAGGCGCAGGUCUUCCGCCGCGCACCUCGUCCCGCGUCCGGCGCCCACAAGUUCAAUGCCAAGGUCAAAGCGGCCACGACUCCCAACCAUGUCGGUCGUAAGUGCGCGCGAUAUUCGUUCGUUCUCGUCGGUUCGCUCGUGCUUGUUCCGUGUGCGCGCCCGGUGUCCCUCUUUCCGCGUACGCGCUUCUCGUCUCUUCCUCGACGACAGCGAGAGUAAAAGACGUCGCGCUCCGCUUUCCUCUCAUCGUCCCGCUGUCGUCAUGCCGUCGUCGCCACUCGUCGAUGCGGAUGUCGUCUAUGUGUUGCUUUCGCAAACUAGGUUCGUGCGCGCUACGUUCAAGUGCCCGUUGACGAGUUUCGCAGGUGCAAAUUACGCUCGUAUGUGCGUCAGAUGUCCGUCUCGACGACGACGAAUGAGCAGACAUUUUGAAUAUGCGACAUCCGCGUCGUAGUGUCGUUCGUUUCGAGGAAAUUUUCGUGUAUUUGACGGCAGCACGGAUAUAUUUUAAGAUAAUUUACUCGAGAUGUUGCCGCGUAGAUGACGCGAAUAUUUCGACGGAGUACUCCGUCUCUUUGUAAAAACAAUUCCGAUGACGAUGACAACGGCGAGGAGAUAGAACGCGUGGGCGUUGACAAGGAGGGAUGGAGAAUACGUAGUGCGCGCUGUCGAUCGAGAGCGUCGAUUUGUGUGAUCUCGUGAAUCUCCGCUCCGCGGAAGGGAACGGGAAGGUCGGCAAGGUCGUAUGGCGCGGCGCGGUGCGGCGCGGCGCGAUGCGGCGCACAGAAGGAGCAGAAUACCACGGAAUACCCGCGGUCGCGGAGGAGGCAGUAGCGCCGCGGCGCGAGAUUCGCGUCACGGGCCAAGAUGGCGGCCCGGAUUUCGGACAGGAUCCGGACGGACGCUGCGCCGCGCCGCGCUACGCCGCGCUGCGUCGCGUCGAGUCGAGGAGAUAAAUUCCGUCUUGUUCUGUCGACGACAUUACGUGAAGAUGGAUAUCCAGAUGGUAACGAGUGGAAUCCUAUGGAACAAGAAGGAGGUUCCAGAGCGGAUAGCUUUGAGUACGUCAUGUCCGGCAAGGUGUAUCGAAUUGAAGGUGACGAAGCUAACAACGAACCCAGCAGCAGACUAUCUGCCUAUGUAUCUUUUGGAGGUUUGCUGAUGAGGUUACAAGGCGAUGCGAACAAUCUGCACGGCUUCGAGAUAGAUCAACACAUGUAUCUAUUAAUGAAGAAACUUGCAUUUUGAUAUUUCUAUCGUCAAUUUUUUAUCAUUUAGAAAUUCUUUCAACAAAUGUAUCUAUUAGUAAUGGAGAAAUUUGAAUUUUACAUUCUAAUAUGUAAUAUUAAUGUACCAACUGAUUUAUCAUUUUUUUUUUCAAUCAUAUAGACUUACUGUAUUUAUAUUAAAUUUUAUUUUAAUGAUUUACUCUGACAGGUUCAUAUACAGCGAUUUUAUGUUCUAACAAUAUAAGUUAUAUAUGUAUAUUAAGUAAGUUUACUACUGCCAAAAUUACUAUUAGAAAAUUAAGGGAAAUAUAAAUAUUUUUCAUGU